GCAAGAACCAAAAAGGAGACUGUGCUUGAUAUGUUGUGAUGCUAUGGAUGGAUUUCUUUGGGGCAUCUUCAAGGAGGGUACCUGUAUCGGUCACGAACCAGAAAAGAGGCACCCUCUUAUCUAAACCCGGCCCUGUUAAGGGUUACCAGUAUAUAAUCAUCAUCCUUUCUCCAUCGUGUCCUCAGUACAUCGGACAGCACAACGCAUCAAUGGACAGGACAGCAGAGUUUAAGGCUGCGGUGAAUUCGCUGCUGAACCGAGGCCACAUCCAGACACGCCAACAACAUCAUUACAGCAAUGUCAACAGUUCUGCGCGCAAAGGAAAGGAAGCGGCGGCCUAUGCGGAGUUCUCGCGACUGGCGGUUUCUAUAGGAAAAGACAUCGCGGAGACUUCUAUCAAGCUGCAAAAGUUGACCAAACUGGUCAAGCGAAAAGCACUCUUUGACGACCGGCCUGUCGAGAUCUCGGAACUUACGUACGUGAUCAAGCAAGACCUCUCUCGACUCAACAGCCAAAUCCUUGCUCUCCAACAACAUGUACGGGCCACAGCCGCGAAGGCCAACCGAUUAGCACGUCAGAUGGAUGAGCAUUCGACCAACUUGGUCAUUAUUUUGCAGUCAAGGCUUGCCAACAUUAGCAUGGGUUUCAAGGAAGCACUGGAGAUCAGGACAGAGAGCAUGCAAAUGACAAAAAAGAGACAGGAUCAGCUUUUGGGUUCUGGUCAAGGCCAUCCUUCGCAACUCCAGCAGCAACAUCAGCAACUAGGACCAGGGAUGACGCAGCAGAAAACGCUACAAUUGCCACAGACAAGCAUACUUUCAUCACUCCGCAAAACAACAAAUUCGCCACUCGGUCUCGUCCCCACAUCGGCUUCGCCAUCCCAACUCCCUCAUCAGUACGACAACAGUAUACCCCACAAUGAUAGGACUUCACCAUUCAUACAGCCGUCAUCCAGUCGUGCAUCCCCGUCGCCAGCUUCGUAUCCGCAGCAACAGCAGUAUUCCAAUGGAGCGUCGGACGUUGACCCAUACGGCAGCAGUGUUCAUAGGAGGAAAGGAAUCAACGGCAGAGCAGACAACUUUCAUGGGCAAUACGAAGAUGAUUCGGAGGCCGCUGGUCCAGCAUCUAUGCUAUUUCAACAACAGCAGCAAGCACCGCACGUCGAUCAGUAUACUCAAAAUCGAUCGACUGCAAUUGAGGCAGUGGAGUCAACUCUUCAGGAACUUGGCGGUAUCUUCCAGCAAUUAGCACAAAUGGUUGCGGAACAACGCGAUACGGUUCAAAGGAUUGAAGCAAACACAGAUGAUAUCGAACUUAAUAUCAGCGAGGCACAGAACCAACUCCUGCGAUAUUAUCGCAAUAUCUCGUCGGACCGGUGGCUCAUGAUUAAGAUCUUCUUGACCAUCAUCUUUGUGUUCCUGGUCGUCUCGCUGGUUUCGUAGACCACAGGAAGUUUCUCGUGUUGUUCUGAAAAAUAAUAUAGAAAUGACUAAAAAGGAAAGUGUGUUUGGCGGUUCCUGAACGAGUGACGGACACUACGCAGAAUAGAAAGAGCGGUGCCCACGAUAGCCUCUUGUUUUCUUAUUUUUUUUUCUUCUGCUAUGUUUAUUGUCCAUUCUCAAUACACUUAAUCCACUGACCCCUUUGAUCCACGUCUCGUUGUACACUCAAUACCUGGAGCAACUUUACAAAUCUCUUUGCAUAAGUCGUAACACACGCGCUCAAAUAUGGCCCUUUGGCACUGUCAGUCUGAAGGCACCUGGGUACUCUUCACUCAUGUCGAUUCAAGAUGCAGAAUUCAUUCCUUUUCGAAUGAGAAUCAGACCACGUUGGAG